CCUUUCUCUCCAAAAACACUUCUCCCUCUCACUUUCUUUCUUUCAACUAAACUUCACCAAAGGUUCAACAGGGACUCUUCUUUUCUCUUCUCUUCCUCUCAAUCUAAAGAGAAAAAACGAAAGAACCCCUUUUAAACUACUACUCCAUGGCUGCUUGUAAUUCAACUAUUUGGGCUAAAACCCAACUUUCUCACCCUUUUCCCUCCUCUCCCUCUUAUUCACUUGUUGAUUUGGGCUCUAUUUCUUUUACUAAGAGUAAGCCCAAAAGUAGUAAAACGAACAAAAUUCACUGCGCUUUAAACUCUCCUUCUGUUCUUCAUCUCCCGGAACAUGUAAUUCCUAAAGAUGACUCUUUUAUCACCGUGAAACGCAAAACCCACCACCGUCAACCACCGCACUGGAACCUUCUUCAAAAAGCAGCUGCCAUAGCUUUAGAUGUGGCGGAAGGCGCGUUGGUAUCUAAGGAACGCCAACAUCAGCUCCCUAAAACUGCUGAUCCUCGUGUCCAAAUCUCCGGAAAUUACGCUCCGGUACCUGAACAGCCCGUCCGGCAGUCUCUUCCGGUGGCCGGAACUAUCCCUGAUUGUAUAAAUGGUGUUUAUGUUCGAAACGGUGCUAAUCCACUUUUUGAGCCAAUCGCCGGCCAUCACUUGUUUGACGGAGACGGCAUGGUUCAUGCUGUCAGUAUCAAAAACGGCAAUGCAAGCUACGCUUGUCGUUUUACUGAAACAGAGAGAUUGAAACAAGAGAGAGAAUUGGGCAGGCCAGUGUUUCCUAAAGCAAUUGGUGAGUUACAUGGCCAUUCUGGUAUUGCAAGAUUGCUCCUUUUUUACGCAAGAGGAUUAUGUGGGCUCGUUGAUCAUACAAAAGGCACUGGAGUAGCCAACGCCGGUCUUGUCUACUUCAAUGCCAGGCUUCUUGCCAUGUCAGAAGAUGACGUUCCUUAUCAAGUACGUAUCACUAACAGUGGCGAUCUUGAAACUGUUGGGCGACACGAUUUUAAUGGCCAAUUAAAAAAUGCAAUGAUUGCUCAUCCCAAAAUUGAUCCAGUUUCAAAAGAGUUAUUUGCUCUUAGCUACGACGUCGUUCAGAAGCCGUAUCUGAAAUAUUUCAAAUUUUCUCCUGACGGCAAAAAAUCACCGGACGUUAAUAUUCCUCUUUCAGUGCCAACAAUGAUGCAUGAUUUCGCUAUCACGGAAAAUUUCGUGGUGAUCCCCGAUCAGCAAGUCGUUUUCAAGCUUCAAGAAAUGAUAAGAGGUGGCUCUCCCGUAGUUUACGACAAAGACAAGAAAUCUCGGUUUGGAAUUCUUGCAAAAAAUGCUACUGAUGCUGACAAUAUUAUUUGGGUUGAAUCGCCGGAGACGUUUUGCUUCCAUUUGUGGAAUGCAUGGGAAGAGCCGGAAUCCGAUGAAAUUGUGGUGAUCGGAUCUUGCAUGACUCCACCGGACUCAAUUUUCAACGAAUGUGAUGAAAGUUUAAAAAGCGUAUUGUCGGAAAUCAGACUGAAUUUAAAGACGGGUAAGUCCACGCGCCGCCCUAUAAUUCAAGAAUCAAACCAAGUAAAUUUAGAGGCCGGAAUGGUUAACCGGAACCGCUUAGGAAGAAAGAGUCAAUACGCUUAUUUAGCCAUUGCUGAGCCAUGGCCUAAAGUUUCCGGUUUCGCGAAAGUGGAUCUUUUUACUGGUGAGGUAAAAAAACAUAUUUACGGCGAUAAAAAAUAUGGUGGUGAGCCAUUUUUUUUGCCAAGAGACCCAAAUAGCGAAAAUGAAGAUGAUGGGUACAUUCUGGCUUUUGUUCAUGAUGAGAAGAAAUGCAAAUCAGAGCUUCAAAUAGUAAAUGCCAUUAAUUUACAGUUAGAAGCUUCAAUCAAACUGCCAUCAAGAGUGCCAUAUGGGUUUCAUGGGACAUAUAUAAACUCCAGCGACUUGGUUAACCAAGCAUAGUUUUGGUUUGUUAUUUGCUGCUGCAAAGGAGGUUUUAUUACUGUUAGUAAUUUUUUUAUAUGUGUGAAAAUUACCCAAGUAGGAGAUUUUUACCUGAGGGAUGAUGGCUUUAUGUCCCCGGAAUCUCCUGGAUAUUGAAAACCCUAACAACCUUUUGUUUUUGUUAGGUUUUGUUUUUAGAGUUAUUUAUAAUAGCUCUUUAAAGAACCAGCUUGUAGCUUUUGGACAGUAGUUAGAACUCGAGCUCAGCUGGUUUCUGUUGUGAUGAGUCCUUUUUUUUAUAUACAUAUAUGUUUAAUUAAAUACUGCUGGCUGUAGAUAAUAAAAUUUUUACAGUUUCUCUCUUGUCUUA